CUCUUUCUCUCUGGCUCCCAUUGAUGGAGUUUUGUCGUGGCGCCUUCAUGUGCGACAGCAGCAGCAGCAGCAGUGCCUUCUUGCACAUUUAUCCGGUUCGCGUGCUCGGCCCGUCCUUCUGCGCUCUGCCAUUCUUGAGUUCUCGAGCGUCGUCAUCGUGAUCGUGAGUCGUGUCGGAGGGAGGGAGGGAGGGAGGGAGGAAGGGAGCUCGAGUCGCUGCGGAGCGAUGGCGAGCGAGGCGGACGACAGAGCCGAGGAGCAGCGAAGAGCGAGCGAGCGGGCGAGCGAGAUGAGUCGAUGAGAGAGUGGCGUUGGCGAGGACGCGGUUGUGCCGCCUCGAUCGGAUCCGUGCGCGGGCAGCCAGCGUCGGGCGUCGAGCGAACGGAUCGGUGGCAGCAGCAGCAGCUCGUGGGCGUGCUGGCGAGUCGAUCGAAUUGGAUGCCGCAGGGGCGGUGGUCGUAGAGUAGUUGUGACGGGAAGGAAGGCGAUGGCGCGAGGUCGUCGUGAUGGCAGGGCGUGGGGCAGGGCAGGGCAGGCGAGGCGAGAGGAAGCAGCAGGCGCGAUGAUGGCGACUGAUUGAGGAGGACGGGAGGAGGAGGAGGAGGAGGCACAGGAGAUUAGCAGCCGGGAGGCGCAGGAGCAGGAACAGGAACAGGGCGUGGGUGGGUUGGUCUCGAACGCGCGGGCACGAUGAUGAACGCCAAAGGAGGGAAGAGGGUUAUCGUCUCGGAGAAUGGCGAUAAGGUCGAUACAGGUAUGUCGGGAAUCGAUGAUUCCGCUCUGGCAUCGGCGAUUGGCAACGGAGAGGAUCUAGGCCCUUUCAUUCGAGCCGCAUUCGAGAGCGGGAAACCCGAGUCGUUGGUCCACCAGCUGCGGAACUUCGUCAAGAAAAAGGAAGUGGAGAUUGAGGAUCUGUGCAAAGCUCAUUACGAGGAGUUUAUCCAGGCCGUGGACGAGCUUCGCUACGUCCUGGUGGAUGCCGAUGAACUCAAAGGAGGAUUGGCCGAAGAAAAUUCCAGGCUGCAAGAUGUCGGAAACACUUUCCUCGCCAAGCUGGAUGCUUUGAUUGAAUCUCACGGAACCAAGCAAAAUCUGGCCCAUGCCAUCGAGUCUCUAAGAAUUUGCACAACCGUUCUUGAUUUGUGCCUAAAAGUAAAUGAAGACAUUAUGACGGAUAGCUACUAUCCGGCUCUGAAGAGCCUGGAUAUAUUAGAAAGAGAUUAUCUGUCUCGAAUUCCGGCGAAAGCUUUCCGCCUGUUGCUCGAGAAGGAGAUUCCCAUCUGUAGAAAUCAUAUCGAGCGAAAGGUGAGUGCCGAGUUCAACGAGUGGUUAGUGCAGAUUCGAAGUAUUGCUCGAGAAAUCGGUCAGCGGUCUAUAGGUCAGGCCUCCUCCGCUCGGAUAAGGGAAGAGGAUCUCAGAGGUGGGCAGCGGCAGGCAGAAGAACAGAGCCGGUCAGGCUCUCGGGAGUGCGUGUACAUGCUGGAAAUGGAAGAUCUGGAGGAGGAUGACUCGCAGCUUAAAUUUGAUUUGACUCCAGUGUACAGGGCGUAUCACAUAAACACUUGUUUAGGUCUCGACGAGCAGUUCAAGGAGUAUUACUACAAAAAUCGACAGCUGCAGCUGAUUUCCGAUCUUCAAGCAUCAUCCGCUCAGGGAUUUCUCGAGACCCAUCAAACCUAUUUCGCUCAAAUCGCCGGGUUUUUCAUUGUUGAAGAUCGUGUGCUUAGGUCGGCCGGGGGACUCAUCACAAACGCGCGAGUGGAGAGUCUUUGGGAGACGGCUAUCAGCAAAAUGAAUGUUGUCAUCGAAGACCAGUUUUCUCGCAUGCAAACGGCCAACCAUCUGUUGCUGGUGAAGGAUUACGUGAGCCUGCUGGGUGUCACUCUGAGGAGGUACGGGUUCCAAGUGGGGCCCUUACUGGACGUGCUCGACACCAUGCGGGAUAAGUACCACGAGCUUCUUCUCAACGACUGCCGGAAGCGAGUGACGGAUGACCUUGCGGCCGACAAGUACGAGCAGAUGGUCAUGAGGAAGGAGUACGAGUACCAGACUAACGUCCUGAUGUUCAAUCUUCAGACCUCAGACGUCAUGCCGGCGUUUCCUUACGUCGCACCCUUUUCAGCAUCCGUGCCGGAUUGCUGCAGAGCUGUCAAGGACUUCAUAGAGUUCUCUGUGAAUUUUCUUUCCUACGGAGGGCACAUGGACUUCUAUGAUCUCGUGAAGAAGUACAUCGACAAGCUUAUUAUCACUGUCCUGAAUGAAGCUCUUCUGAAGCUCAUUCAGAACCCGAUGUUGGGCGUCUCGCACGCCAUGCAGAUUGCUGCCAACAUGACAGUACUCGAACGUGCUUGCAGCUUUUUUUCAGAGUAUGCCGCAAAGCUUUGCGGUAUUCCCAUGAGGCUCGUGGACGGUCCGCAUGGAACUUUGUCGGGGAGAGCGGUGUUGAGGCAGUCUCAGGCCGUAGCUCAUGAGCAAAUGUUGAAGCUUGUCAAGUCCAAAGUUGACGAGUUUAUGUUGCUGACCGGUAACAUCAACUGGACGCCAGACGACCCUCCUCUGAGUGGCAAUGAGUAUCUGAACGACGUGACUAUCUAUUUGGAAACUCUGGCGGAGACAGCGCAAGAAAUCUUGCCUUUGGACGCGUUUGAUAAAAUGAUUAGAGGCGUGCUGACACAUAUCUCGGAGAGUAUCGUGGGCACUCUCUAUGGUGAUGACGUGAAGAAGUUUAACAUAAAUGCUAUGAUGGGCAUAGAUGCCGAUUUAAAGGUGUUGGAGUCUUUCGCAGACGACAAGUUCCAAAGCAGUGGCCUAGACCAGCUUCCUGGUUCUUCCAACCUAAGGACGUGUUUAGCGGAGGCACGGCAGCUCGUCAACCUCUUUAUAGCCAGCAACCCUGAGCUGUUUCUCAACCCUGUAAUCAGGGAGAAGAAUUACAGUGCUCUCGAUGCCAGAAAGGUGCAGAGAGUAGCAGAAAAGUACAGAGACUUGCCGGAAAGAUUCUCACUAGGGCGCCCUAGGCAUCCUGGGAAGAAAAAGUCGCUGGACGCCCUGUGUAGAAGAUUGAGAGAUCAGUUGUAAUUGCAACCGGGCAAGCUGGAUAGGAGAGAUUUGGGAUGGCUUCAGUUAACAACCGUAUAAGACCUCGCCGUUUUUAAGGCGGGGCAGGGCAGAAAAAAGGGAUCAAAGUUGCUUUAUAUAGCUAGUACAAUAUACGUUUUUUGCUUGCUAUGUGAUGAGGCGCAUGCACUGGAGUCGAACGAGAUGAAAGCUGGAUGCUAUUGAAGGUUCUUUCACGGGUUGUGACGGCCGAGGCUGCUCUCGAGAACGCAGAGUCAAUUGUUUUAAUUGUAAAAUGAACUCAUUCUGAAAUCACCUCCUCUGCUUCCCGAUUCUUUAAUUUGAAGAGUUACAUUUAUUGGCCAGCAUAGAGCCAUCACCAAGCUUAAGAUCUCAUUUCUUUCCGUGUAAUGUUGUCAAAUUGUUUAAAGGUAUGAAAGGGAUUUAUCUCGUUUACACAAAUACAUCAGACUGAUCGACUUGUACUACGAUGAUUUCC